AUGGAAGACCCAGUUAGCCUUUCUGACACUGAGGAAUACAGUGCUCAAGAAGAUUCACCUAAAGCAAGGCCUAAAAAUCAAGAACUCCUAGUAAUGACUGUUGAGAUUGGUGAUGGCCGUCAAGAUAUUAUUACUAUAAGCGAAAAUGAUGAUCCCUUCCAGCUAGCUCACGACUUUGCAAUGAAGCAUAAACUUGACAAAUCUCUUCAGCAGUCUUUAGCCCAUGUGAUUAGACAGAACAAAGAGCUCGUCGAGAAGCGUGCAAAUUCAACUUCUCCAGACCUAGGAAAAAUGUCUGAUUUCUUUGGCUCAUACUCUAGCUCUUACACCCCAAAGGACAAUUUUCUAUUCGAAACUAACAGCAAAGGCAAUCAUGCCCCUACAAUUAACCCCCGCUCAAAAGCUCUUGCAAAUAAGCGACAAAGCCAAGGGAGUGUAUAUGAUCGGCUUUAUCGACAAGGAGCCAAGCCUUCAAAAUCUGUGCUUUCUAACAACACGACCACUGCACUUACCAAAUCUAAAACUCAAAGCAAUAUUAACUAUGGAGAAUGGCUGUAUAUAAAAGGACUUAAGCAAAAAGAAGCACUGCUUAAGAACGGAGAAGCCAAAAGACAAGAAAACGAAAGCAAAGAGCUGAUGAGCUACAGUUUUAAGCCACAAAUCAACAAGUUUUCAAGCUUGCUUUCUCCUAGAAACUAUGAGAAAACUGAGGAUUUGCUUAAUAGAAAAGCUGAGGAGUAUAAAGAAAGAUUAGCUGAUUUAAAAGCAAAGGUAGAAGUUGAUGAGAUGAAGGAGUGCACAUUUACGCCAGCAAUUAAAGAAACAUCGUGGAAUAGAUCCAGGACUAGCACUAAGCCUAUUCAUGAAGAGUUGUUUUCACAAGCUAGUAGAAAAAAAGAAAAGCAGAUUGAGCUGGAAGAAGAAAGCAUUAGACAGUACAGUUUUAGACCUGAAAUCCAUGUAGAAAAAAAAGAAGUGGAAAGCACUAAUGAAUUUAUUGAAAGACUUGUAAAUUCAAAGAAAAAGGUAUAGAAAUUGCCCGAGGAUGGCGCUAUUUGCGCCAUCCUCGGGCAACCGAAAAUCGGCUCCACACGGGAACGAUUUUCCACGUGUGGAACCAUUUUUCCACACGUGAGAAUCCUGACUUCCACGUGCGAAAAAAUCGCUCCACACGUGGAAAAUCGUUCCCGUGUGGAGCCGAUUCUCUGGCAAUUAGUAUAGAAGAAGAGCUGGAAGCUAUGAGAUUGCAGCAGCAGCCUACGCAUGAUGAAAGCACUGGGCAAAGAUUAUUCCACCCACAAACUUAUAGCAAAACGAAUAGAAAUGAGCAGCCUAUAUGGGAACAUUUGUAUUCAUUAAAAGAUGAGAAGCAAAAGAAAAUUAAUGAGGUAACUGCGGAAACACAGACUUUUUGGAAUGCGACAGCAGCUGCACAGAAAGCAAGUGCAGCAUCUCAAAAAAUUUUUAAGGAUUUCAGAAUCAAGCAAUAUCAAGAUUUGAUAGGUGUAAGAUUUUUUAACGUAUCUGCUUCCAAAGUGGUAUUCUGCAUGUUCCGAUUAGACAGGUGGUGGCACAAGCGAAUUGGGUUCCACCUCUGGUACCUCUAAGCCCAGGCCGAAACUUCUGGCUUUUCGGAAGUGGUAUGCCCUAUUGGGUAUGAUCCUUUACAAGGCACCGCCACUUCCAGAUCAACCAAUUUAUGGACCCUUUCAACUGAAGUGACCGCCGAUAGUUGUCUAACUCCCUUUUUUCAGGUCAUCCCUAGAAAAAUACUUAACCUCUUCGACUAUUCACAGUAGUAGCUUGAGCAGGUAAGUCGACUUGCUCCAUCUCGAGUACCUACUGGCUUGGGUGCUGCUGGAAAAUGAGUAGCAAGUAACCGCCCAUUGAAUAAGGUCACAAACAAUUGCUUUCAUCCUUAUGCCUCCCACCUCGAGGCUCCUGAUAUUCUUAGCCCACUCACAGCUCCAGCAACCAUGCCCGAAUAUGCAUGUGUCACCGUCACUGAGAGGACGGGUCGGUCCCAAUACACCUUUUUAUAUAUAUAAUCAAGCAAUAUCAAAAGCUCUUCUCUACCCUCGAUUCUGACAACGACGGGAAAAUUUCGUCCCAAGAAAUCAAUAUAGAUGACCUUGAUGGCAAAAACCUUGCGAUUUUGACCCCAAUUUUCAAUGACAUUGAAACCUCCCAAUCUCCAAUGGAAUUUCCCGAAUUUGCUGAAAAAUUGGAAGAACUUUGCAACACUCUGACUGUUGAAGAAAGAGCUCAUCUCCUUAAACGAGAAACCAUUGCAGAAAUCAAACAGCAAGAAACCAGCCAAGAAGCUCCAGUUCUUAUUAGUGAAAAGUCUAUUAAACUUGCAGAGAAAUCAAGGUCAUCACUUCCAGAAGACAUCUAUGAGCGCUCAGUUAUGACGACUAAGCUAAACCAAUUGAAACUGGCCAAGCAAAAAGAAAUGAAGGAGCACCAAGAGCUCCAAAGCUGCACGUUCCGGCCGUCAUUAAAAUCAAAAUAA